CCUGGGGAAGCACACACAGGCCAGGUCGGUGACGCUGCAAGGAGCGCCGCCGGCCAGCUGCAGUCAUUCGGACAGUGCUCUUGCUUAGGCCUGACAACACCUUGCUUCAGGAGAUGGUCUGCGUUUGGGAGCCCAUGGGCCAGCCUUAGACACUUUGGAACACUGCCACAGGCCAUAAGGACCAGGCUGUGCCAGGCAGCUGUCCCCCAUCAGAGCUGGGCCAAAGGACAGGACCGAGGCCGCUGGCAGCCUUACUCAGCAUCAACCCUAUGGCCACGCUGCCCAGGAACCCCAGAUUCCUAAAUGUGAGGGAGCUCAGGAAACUGAGGGCGAAUCCCAAGGCCUGUGCGCCCUGAGUGGGGACGAACGUGACCAUGCCGGGUGUUCAGCCCACGGCAGCCGCUGUCGUCCGGCCGGCAAAGGGAAAAGGCCUGAAAAUCUUUAUCGUGGGCCUGCCCGUGAAUGACUGUUAAUGGGUUAGUGGUUUGGAAAUUUAAGGCACAAAAUCGUGUCUCUUCCCACCAGAGCAUGUAAGGAAGGUGUUAAUCAAGGGUACAAACACCCAAAGCUUUCCGCUGUGGGCCCCCACGCUUAGAGACGUUUGUGGGGCACAGGGUGCCUGCACCAGCAGGGGCCAGGAGGCCAGGCGGCGGGAAGGCCCCGGGGGCUGUGCUUCAGGCGGAGUGGGACAAAGAAGUCACUGAGAUUAGUUUUAAAUGGCCAACAUGGGACUUUUAAAUUCUUUUUAAAUUGUGUUCCCCACCCCUACAACAUGUAAUUUCUGAUUAGCAAUUUUGAAUAAGCCAAAUUAAAAUGUUUCUGCAUUUAAAAAAUAGUGUAACGACCAUCUCUUCAAACAAGUCAUUGCAAAAUGUAGUCUAGAGUGGCUAGCAAUGAAAAAGCACAGACACACACAGUUCGGUAUUAGUGAUGGAAUUUUACACACACACACUGCUAUUUCUACAUGAAUGUUUCAGCCAGAAAAAAAAAAGGAGGAAAAAAAAGGUGUGGGUGAGGGUGGUGGGCGGCCCAGGUGGACUGAUACCCAUUUCAUCCUGGCAUCUCUCCUCGGGGCACUCAUCUCUAGCACUUCAGGGACAUACUCAUUCCUACGGUUUUGGAAAAGGAGCCAAUUAACGAUUGGUAACGUGUGGACGUUCCAGGAAGGGGAGUGUCAGUGUGUCAACCAGCCAGGACACACAGACUCUAGGAGCCAUGGACACGCGAGGGGCACCCGCGGGUGGCUUUCCCUCCAGGCAGAGGCAAAGCAGUGCCCUUGGAGGAUGGGCGCGGAGCAGACGCCGCCCGCCGGCCGCGGAGACCCUGAUGUGCACUAGCCACAUAAAAGCCCAUGCGAUGGAGAGCGGACAAGGGGUAAAAAACCCGAUAAUUACGACUGCUGUGCUCUUUGCCUAGACAGAGACGCUUCAGGGCAGACCCUGCAAGGGAAGAAGAAACGACACAAGACCACAGGGUUAGGCAGGACAGCACACACGGGGGACGAGCCACCACACUCUAAGCACAAGUCAUCAGUGUGCAAGGAGGAGCAACGGCCAGCGCGUCAGAGGGGACCAGCCACCUGGGCUACCCGGGCGGCCCGAGUCAGUGUGCGGGUUCACGUGAGCUUCGCCGAGGGGGCAGAGGUGCAGGGCCAGGCCCCAAGCUUCAGGUAGAAGUGAGUGUGUCUCUAAAAGCAUAUUAAAAAAAAAAAAAAAAAAAAGGAAAAAGAAAAGAAAAAGAAAAACAAAACGAAAAAGCAAAGCACACCACUUGGUUUUCAAACAAGAGGCUUCUGGAGCCCCAUUGAUUGAGGCAAAAAAAACCCCAAAGUCAGCCAGGAGAGCUCAGGGGAGCCGCUGGCUGGUGGAGCCGCUGGCUCUGCCCUGUCAGUAGGCCCAAGGGAGGUUUGUUUUCCAAGUAGAAAGAUACAUUGUUUUGCAGGUUUGAGGCCCAUCCCAGAUGCCAGGCCGCUGCCAUGACCAGACCAGUGGUGCCUGCGGAGGGGAAAGUACACGGGUCCUAUCGGGGGGGCUGGGAAGCAGGGCUGGCCCCAGUUCCCUGCACUGCUGCUGCCUCCUCUGGUACCCAAAGCCCACCAGGUCAGGGAGAGGCUCGUCCUUCCGCCACUAAGCGUCAGGCCCUACGGUCCCGGAGGCUGGCGGUGCCGCCGGGCGCAUCCUGACGGUUGGUGCCGCCUAGAGGGCAGACAGGCUGGCCUGCACAGGCCAAGUGGGACAGGCCAGGAUGGCUGGGGCGUCCCCAAGGUCACUCAGCAAGGCUGCACUAUCCGAGAGGGCCGGUGCUCCCACCCUAGCCCCUUGCCAGACCAGGACCCCCCCCAGCCAAGCUCCCUGAGGGUGCCCUGUGCCCUUGUCAGGCGAGGCAGGCGGCCACCCCUGUGUUUGAGGAGUGAGGAGACGGUCAGCCCAGGCUCCGAUGAAUUGCUCUCGAAGUUCAUACUGUCUGUGCUCAGAGGCUGACUUGGGGAAAGGGAGAUGAUCUUCCGUUGGGGUCUGGGAUGUAUAAGUAAAAACAAAGGGGCCGGGCAGGAGUGGUCCAGACCAGUCUCUCAGUGGAGCUCUGCAGGGCCUUCGCUGGUCUGUGUCCUGACGUGGAAUCCCACUGGGAGCUCUGAGCCCUUCGGGGGCUCCAUGGCACACAGGUCCCAGGCUCUGACUGGGCGGGGCACCAUGUGAGGCACAGACGUCCCCAUCCAGACCCUGUGGUCUCAGCAGCUCCGUACAGACGGCGCAAGGCCAUGGAAACAGCCGGCCAGCCAGGUUCCCGCAGCCUGACAGAAGCGGGUUCUUUUGGUCCCCGUCCUCUCCACGAGCACAAUGGGUGCUGCCUGCUGGGAACCACCUGAGAAGUCAGGGCCUGUGGUCAGGGCCCCAGAGGUGGGACCAUUGGCCACCAGCCACCAUGCUCAGCACUGGCCCACAGAGGCCUCCACACACUCACCGGGCACGGCCCACAGUGACCAGAACACAGACGCUCCCUGCCCUCAGGACCCGGCCACCUCCACACCAAGGUCGUGCCACCCGGUACGGUGCAGAGCUACAUGGACCGUGUGUGGCGAUGAGCCCUCACUCAUGCCACAGCCCUGCCCCUCCUCAGGGCUCCCCGGGGCCUGUGCCCUGCCCUUGAGACCCAGCACGCGCCGGCUGAUGGAUACGCCUCCCCCACUCACCUCCCACCACGCCAGCGCGUACUCUGCCUUCCUGCCUGAGCCGCUGGGCUACAAGGCAGCGACGCAAGGGCACUGUGGACACACGAGACCCACAGGAAACCCACAUGCAGCAGGAGGUCUCCCCUGCAGGACUGCUGUCCUUAGCCAAGGCCUUGGGAAGAGACAGCAUGAGGUCCAGAACUACUUGGGGAAGCUUCCACCUGGGCAGGGAUGGGGGUGGAAAGCCACGUGGCCAGCUGUUGGGGAAUGUUCUCCCAGGCUGUGGCAGGGCCAAGGGUCUCUGGCCAGGACACACAAGCUGCUUCUGGUACGGACAGGCAGCCCCGCCAGGCACCACCACCAUGCGGACCCUCGCCUGGCUGCCGGGGAGAUACCCAAAGUCACGGUUCUUGGCCAUGGACACGCUGCUGGAGAGGUGGGCCAGGCCUCGUGGUUUUGCCACACAUGCUGCUGGCGCCAGCCUUCAGCUCCUGAGGAGGCUCCCAAGGAACUCCUGCGCCUUCUUGCAGGUCCCUCAAGGAGAGGCACACCUCCAGCCGCUUGGUCGCACCCUGCACAGCGGCAUCAGACACCCGUUCCAGCACAGGAGACAGAUAAGCUGCCGGCACCAAAAUGCCACGGGCUUCUUUGUAACGAGCCACCAGGUCUUCACACCGCUGAGCAAAGUGCCAGCCCUUGUCUGUGAAGCACGAGAUGGGACGCCUCCCUGCUCCGCUCUGCAGUGACUGCCCCGAGGGCAGUCCGGCCUGGACAGGCCUUCGUCGGGGAUGGCCGCCUCCUUGGCUGCCCAAAGGCCCCCUCCCACACCCGCUGCUGUGGGUCCCCACAGAAAGGGUCGAGGACACUGCAGGGCGAGGCAUGGCCUGGGCAGCCUCCUCGGAGGUCCCAGGGACAGACUCACUGCAGUGCAGACGGCAGGCUGAUGGGUGCAUGAGAGAAACAGAAAGCAGAUCCAAAGCUGUGUGUGCAGAGACACCACGGAGGGAUCGUACCUGCACCUAGUCCGGUGCUGGAGCCAGAGGCGAGGGGAGGUCUGACAGCAGCGCCUGACCACCAGAUGCUUCAGUAACUCGACCACACCCCUGAACCCCGAAACAUAGUCCCCAAGUUUCCCCAAGUCUCCUGUCGACCACAAGGAGGGGCCUUUGCCCAAGGCUUCACCCUGUCUGUGCUCCAAGGAGUGCAGCCCUCUCCCCGGCCAGCCCUCCCCCCGGCCAGCCCUCCCAGCAGCAGACCUGUCCAGGUGCCCACCCCAGGAAGGCACCCAGGUUUGGUUCUCUGCACGCUCUUCCUCCCAAGCCUGGCCAUCUUUCCCACGUGAGGUCCCCUCCUGGCCGCCUGCGGCUGCCUGGGCUCCACCCCACUCGUCUCUGACCCGGCCUGGUUGCUCUCCUGGUCUCAGCACGUCACAGAACUGGGGGCCUCCUUUCUAUACUUUGUAACUGAACAUACUUUGUCUUCCCAGAGCCUGGCCUCCUAUGCAAGGCCUCCGCGUGCAAGGCCAUGCACAGAACACCUCUGGGUUUCUCCUCGGAUGCAGGCCAUACCAGCUGCACCCACGCCCCACGGCUGCAGCCCUCCCCUCGCCGCUAGCCCAGAGGCCAGAGCAGGCCCACCUCGGGGUCUUCCCACAAGCUGCCCUAAACACCCUUUUCUCUGCCACCUCUUGGCCUUCAGGGCUGUGACCGGGCUUUCACAGGUGCCCAUGCAGUCUCCUUGGGCCGUGGGGUUCCCCUGUCAGCAGGGAAGCAGUUGGCCCUGGCUCCCAGAGAAGCCCAGCGGGUUGGGCAGGCACCAGGAGACAGAGCCUUGGUGGGCGCGUUUUCACACACCCUUAGGUCACACGUUUGCGGGUAAGCGGGCUCAGGGCCACAGUCUGCCGCAUGCUCUCCCGACCAGCAACCUCAGAGCUGUGGGGGCCACGCUGUGGCCACGACAACCAGGUCAUGCCUGGAAAGGACCCAAACAGUGAUGUCACGGGGUGCACAGCACCAGAGAAGACGAGGCACGCCCGGCCAGCACACACCACCACCCGGAAUCGGCCCUGCUUGGGCCAGCGCCCUGUCUGCCACAGAGCCUGGCGUUACAUGUUCCUCUCCUCUUGGCCAGAGACAAGUGAAACCUAAACCACUUGUCCCUACUGUGCCUCCAAUUUUUUUUUUUCCUUAAAUCUCGGAAUAAUAAUAGUAGAACAAACAAAAACCCUUCAACAACGCAGAACCACGCAGGUGCAAACAUGGAGCUGGGGCAACCUCAGAGGAGUAUGUGGUGCCUGACGCACGUACCACCGCACGCACCCCAGGGAAAGCACCACCUGCUCUAACUACCCUGCUUCCUGAGCCUGACCAGUGGUGUUCCCAGCAGCGACGCAGCCACCCGUCUGACCACGAGAUGCCUGGAGACCCAGCUGCCCUGCACCUGUCCUCGCCAGGAGACAGCCACGCACACUCGGGCAAAAGAGGACCAGCAAGUGACCCAGGAAGCAGAACGCGUUCAGACCUCGCCCCCACUUCUCCACCAGCUCAGCAGCUAACCAGCAGCUCAGUUGGGACACCUGCUGGGAGAGGAGGAUCGAGGGACAGUCCCUGGGAAUCACUGUGCUUCUGUGCCUCUGACCUCUGCUGCCUGGGGGAGGGUAACAAGGCAACUCGGAUGGGAAUGGAUGCCCACUGUGGACUUGGCCUCAGGUCCUGACAAAUACAAUGUAUCUUUAUUGUACCAGCAAAAAGCCACGUGCCCCAAACCAGCACUUCCACCCAAUUGAGAGCUUAAUUUUUGUGUUUAAAAAAAAAAAACAAAAACUAAAAAAACCUUGAAAAUCCCACAGCUUUGGAUUCAUUUUCCAAUUGUUCUGAGGGAGAAAAUAACUUUGGAUGGCCCUGAGCAUGUGCGCCCUUCGGGGACAGGAGUCCUGGGUGCCAGCAGGGCAUCCCGGGAAUCUGAGGGCCACCCGGGCUGAGGUUCGGUUGAGCAGAGCUCGGAGCUGUGUGACUGACUUCGUGUCUGAGGUCUGUGAGGUGAGCGCGGUUCACCAAGUAAAGUGCUCCAGCUGGAGACCAGGAGGGGGGCCGGGGCCAGAGGGAGAGCCAGCGUGGAGGACACCGAGAGGUUCCCCAGGUGACCAGAGCGCGGGGAGGGGCGGGGCGUCCUAGCUGGAGCACCUUCUCUCCGCCUUUCCGCAUGCAGGGAGCGGGCGCGGGGUAACGGUGCUGAGCGCUGUGGCCCUUGUACAGAAGUCACACCCUCCAGUGACCUUCUAGAACUGUCUCAGCUCGCUACAUGCAUGUCUUCAGAAUCCAGACACGUGUGAGACACACCAUGCGUCUAGAGAAGGCCGGGGCUCUCUUUUUGUUGUUGCUGGAACUGGGGACAGCGGACGUGUGUAUGCACCACAAUUGCAACAGAAAUAAAACUACGUCCAACGUAAAAAAUACGAAAUUAAACAAACAGGUGAGGAGAAAAGCGCCGAGCGCUCCGGGGCCCGGGAGGGGGGCGGGUGCCCGAGGCGGGGGUGGGCGAGCCGCGGCACAUGCGUCCGGCGCCGGGCGAGCCGAGAGCAUG